GUAGGAGCUGAUGGGUGUUGCGGGUGUUGUCUUUUUUGAAUGAAGAUUUUAUCUUUUAAUGUUAGGGGUUUGGGGGGAAUAUUGAAGAAGAAAGAGGUGGGGAAGCUGGUAAAAGCGGAAAGACCAGAUUUCCUAUUUUUGCAGGAAACUAAACUCGAGAAGGCAGACGGUAAUCUAUGUAGAAUGUUGUGGAACUCAGAUGGCUUCGAUUGGGUCAUGAAGGGGUCAUCAGGUGCUUCGGGAGGUAUGGUGUGUGUAUGGGAUAAGCUACAAUUUACAAAAAAGGAAGAAUUUGUGGGUGACGGUUUUUUGGGGGUGGUAGGGGAAUGGGGUGUGAGCAAGCUACAAUGUUAUUUUGUGAAUGUGUAUGCUUCGAAUGACAAAAGGAAGAAGGUGGAGGUGUGGGAGGAGUUACAGAAAGUGAUUAUAGAAAAGGGAGGGAGAUGGUUGCUGGCGGGGGAUUUUAAUGCUGUAAGAUACCUUGAGGAAAAAAGAGGAAGAACAGGGGAGAAUGUCGAGAUGAGGGAUUUCAAUGCAUUUAUUGAGACAACUGGGUUGGUUGAUAUCAGGUUGGCUAAUCGCCGGUUCACAUGGUAUAGAUCGGACGGCUCUUCCAUGAGUAGGCUGGAUAGAGUAUUGAUGACUGAAGAGAUGUUUAAUAUGGGUGGUGAAUGGGUGCAACAUGGGUUAAGAAGAACUAUAUCAGACCAUUGUGCCAUAAUUAUAAAGACCAAGAUAACAGAUUGGGGGCCUAAACCAUUUAGGGUAUUGGAUGCUUGGCAGCAACAUCUGGAAUUCAAGAACGUUGUAGAAGAUAAGUGGAAGGAGCUUCAAGUGGAAGGGUUUGCAGGAUAUAGAUGCAAACAGAAGCUAAAAAUGUUGAAAGAGUUCUUAAAAGGUUGGAAUUGUGAAGUGUUUGGGGAUAUGGAAGCUCAAUUUAACAACGCAGCCAAAAAGGUGGAGCAUGUUGAUAUGAAGAAUGAGGAGGGUGUGUUGGAAGAUUUUGAGUUGGAAGAGAGACAAGAGGGAUUUCAAGAAAUGUGGGCUGUCAUGAGGAAGAGGGAAGCCAUAUGGAGGCAAAAAGCAAGAAGCAAUUGGGUGCAGCUGGGUGAUGCAAACACAAGAUUUUUCCAUAGAAUGGCAAAUGGUAGAAGGGCUCAAAAUAGCAUUUCAGGUCUGAUGUGUGAUGGUAGAUGGGUGGAGGAGCCAACUUUGGUAAAAAAAGAAGUUGAAACAUAUUUUCGAAAGUUGUUUCAAGGAGAAGAUUGGAAACGUCCCAGGCCCGCUGGAAUACAAUUUAAGCAGAUUUCCACAGAGAGGAAGGAGUGGCUAGAAAGACCAUUUUCAGAGGAGGAAAUUGAAGAAGCUUUGAGGAGCUGUGAAGGAACUAAAGCUCCAGGGCCAGAUGGGUUAGUGGGAGGGCUGAAUUCCUCUUUUUUAACUCUUAUUCCAAAGAAGUUGAGUCCAACUGAGCUGAAGGACUAUAAACCUAUAAGUUUGAUUGGGUGUGUGUAUAAGCUGCUGGCUAAGGUAAUAUCGCAUAGACUAAAGACAGUUAUGCCAGAAAUAAUAAGUGAUACUCAAUCUGCAUUCUUGGGGGGUCGGCAACCGGUUGAUAGUGUCUUAGUUUUAAAUGAAGUAGUGGAUGAGGUGAAGAAGAUGAAGAGGCAAGCCUUUGUGUUUAAAGCAGAUUUUGAAAAAGCUUAUGAUUGUGUUGAUUGGGAGUUUCUAGACUGGAUGAUGGGUAGUUUUGGCUUUGGCGAUAAAUGGCGAGGAUGGAUAAAAGAAUGUCUUUCGACAGCAAGGCUUUCAAUUCUGGUGAACGGGAGCCCAACGGAGGAGUUUAAGAUGGGGAAAGGAUUACGACAAGGGGAUCCGCUAUCUCCGUUUCUUUUUUUGAUGAUUGGUGAAGGGUUACAUGGUUUGGUAAAUAAGGCAGAGACUGUGGAAUUGAAGAGGAAGAUAUCAUGGGUUAACUGGGAGUCGGUUUGUUGUAGUAGAAUGACGGGUGGUUUAGGAGUGCCAGAUCUUCGUAGGAGAAAUUGGGCAUUACUUGGGAAAUGGUGGGCUAGAUUGGGAGGGAUGUCUGCGAGUUUAAGGAAUUUGUUGGUAAAGGGGUUUAGAUGGGAGUUAGGAGAUGGCAAACGGGUGGGGUUUUGGAGGGAGAUUUGGGUUGGGGAUAAAUCGUUGAGGGAUUUAUGUCCUCGAUUAUAUGAGUUGGCUGUUAAGAAGGAGGGGUUGGUUAGUGAGAUAGGUGAAUGGGAGGAAGAUCGGUGGCAGUGGAACAUGGAGUGGAGACGGGAAAGGAAGGGUAGAGUGAGGGAUGAAGAAGAGGUUUUAAGGGAGCUAAUGGGGCGGUUCCAAUUGAAGAAAGGCAAGGAGGAUCACUGGUGGUGGAUUCAUGGGCCGGAUGGGCAGUAUGAGGUGAAAGUAGCUUAUGAGGCAUUGGCACCUGUAAAGUGCAUUCUUGAGGACCAGUUUUGCAAGAUGAUCUGGUGUCGAUUAGUCCCUUCCAAAGUUGGUGCUGCAAUGGUGGGGUAUGGAGGCUGUGAUUCCAAACACAAUGGGUGGAGUAGCUGAGUUUUUUCUGCACGGUUUGGGUAGUAUAGUAGGAAAGGAAAUGGGUGCAUGUGUUUAUCUUGCUGUUACUUGGUAU